CAAGCCUACUUUAAGUGAAUGUGGGUCAGGAAAUCUGAAACCAGAGGGGCGGGGCUUUCAGAUUACAUGUGGAAGUGAGCCCAGCUAACAAUGGUAUGUUAUGCAACCAGAAAAGGGGGAGAAUUUUUCUUACAACACCAAAAGACAGGCAGAAACCAGGAAUGAACAUGUCACUUAAUCCUGAGAAGGCAAUUUUGUCAACCAGACCAGAACUGUUUGAUUUCCAUGGAGUCUCGAUGGUUCACUAUUUUACAGACAACUGGGAGAAUGUUCAGAACUUUCAGGCCAGACCCGAUGAUAUACUUAUUGCAACAUAUCCCAAAGCAGGAACUACAUGGGUCUCCCAGAUUCUUGACCUGCUGUAUUUUGGUCAGACGUGUCCAGAGAGGCAAAAAACUAUCCCCAUCUAUGAGAGAGUACCCUUCCUGGAGAUUGCCAUCCCAUCUUUGGAUUCAGGGAAAGACCUGGCAGACAAGCUCGCCACCACCCCUCGACUCAUUAAGACACAUUUUCCUGUCCAGUUUGUGCCAAAGUCCUUCUGGGAGCAAAACUGCAGGAUCGUUUAUGUAGCCCGCAAUGCAAAGGACAACAUGGUGUCUUAUUUCCACUUUGAUCGCAUGAAUGUGGUAGAGCCAGAGGCUGGAGAAUGGAAUAACUACUUCCACAGAUUUUUGGAAGGACAAAUGCUGUUUGGCUCCUGGUAUGACCAUGUGAAUGGCUGGUGGAAGAAGAAACAGAAUUACUCAAAUAUUCAUUACAUGUUCUAUGAAGAUAUGAUUGAGGACACUGAACGGGAAAUAGACAAACUCUGCAGCUUCCUCGGUUUGUCUCGUUCAGCCGAGGAGAAGAAAAUGAUCUCAGGUGGAGUCCAGUUUGAUAAGAUGAAAAAGAAUGAGAUGGCCAACUAUUCUACACUCCCGGUUAUGGAUUUCAAGAUUUCUCCCUUCAUGAGAAAAGGGAAGGUUGGCGACUGGAAGAACCACUUCACCGUCGCUCAGAAUGAAGUCUUUGACGAAGACUACAAGAAGAAGAUGAAAGAUCCCACACUUCAGUUCCGCACUGAAAUUUGAACAGAGCCAAACAUACAGACUGGAUAUAGUAUGCAGCUACUGCUGUGGAGUGUGUAUUACAAAGAUCUCAUCUAAAUAAACUGUGGCAUACAUGUGACAAAAUUAUACAGUGGAAUUAUAAACACUCCAAAUACCUUAAUCUUACAAACUGACAUUCCAAAAGAUCGGCCUAAAGAAAAAGUCCGGACUAUAAACCUGUGAAAGACUUAGUCACUCUCUCUCUCAUCAAUGAUUUAAGA